UACGUAGCUAAUGAGCCAAUAUACAACAUCCCGGAGUAGAGGUAUUUAUCUGAGCUUGGAGCUUGAGCCUGAGCCCUGGAAAUUAAAACAAUACGUUGAAAAAGCAAGUUUAUUUGUGAUUCAUUUGCAUCGGCUCUUGCAACAAAUAUACCGCCUCCACAUACGGGGAGGACCACCGGACAGACGGCUGUCUGCACAUUAAGCCUGUAAGUAACAGCUGCGCGGACGCCCUCCUCUACUGUAACGUUAGUUAGCUAGAUAACGCUCCACUUUGACUGUUAGCUAUCGAGUUUGAAAAUGGCCACAGACGAGCUCUCGUCCAAGCUCAGCCGUCGGCUGCAGAUCGAAGAAGGAGCCGAGGACCCUGUUGCCGUGGACGUCCCCGGACACGAGAAUGGGUCCGAAGUGAAGCCGAGUACGGCCAACGCAGACUCGGAGCUGGGCGCUAAGCUGAUGCGGCGAGAAGGGCUGAACGAGGGGCACGGUGAGCACUGUCAGCCCAGCAUGAAGGUCUUCAACCCCUACACCGAGUUCAAGGAGUUCUCCCGAAAACAAAUCAAAGACAUGGAAAAGAUCUUCAAAACGUAUGAUGUUGAGAAAGACAACUUCAUUGACCUGAUGGAGCUGAAGCUGAUGAUGGAGAAGCUCGGAGCCCCACAGACACACCUCGGUUUGAAGAACAUGAUGAAGGAGGUGGACGAGGACCUGGACAACAAGCUCAGCUUCAGAGAGUUCCUGCUGAUCUUCAGGAAGGCGGCAGCAGGAGAGCUGGCAGAGGACAGCGGCCUCAGUGUCCUCGCUCGCCUCACUGAAAUCGAUGUCUCCACAGAGGGGGUUAAAGGAGCCAAGACCUUCUUUGAAGCCAAAGUCCAGGCCAUCAAUGAGUCCAACCGGUUUGAGGCAGAGAUCCGCCAGGAGCAGGAGGCCAAGAAGAAGCAGCUCGAGGAGCAGAAACAGAGAGGAGCUGCUUUCAGAGAACUGCAGGCAGCCUUCAAGUGAUCACCUCUCUCUCCUCUCAGGACCUCUCACUUUCUGUGCUCUACUAGUGUUUGUCAAUGUGUGUGUUUGAGCGCUCCAUGUAUACCAGACGGUGGUAGUCCUGAGUCACACACAGGUUGAAAGACCCACACAUGCUGGUCACUAGUCUACGAUACAACGGACUGGAUACAUUAUGAAAAAUCAGCACUGUCUGCGCUUUUACAGAUAACAAAAAGAAUCAUUGAUCCAUCUGUCUAGAAGCAUCUGUUCAUUUAGCUCUUUAGCUCAGUAACACUCUGAAAAAAACAAUACAAGUUUAGUGCAAUUAUAGCAGGAUUUCCAUGAGAGCAGUCUGUAAGGAGCUAAAUGAACAGAUAAUUCUUACAGUAUCAGUCAUCCAUCACUGUGUCCCCAACAUCAAAGAGCCAAUUUUACCCACAUAUCAACUGUGUCGGCACAGUGGCGCCGCCGACGCAGACGGCUCUGGCAAAAAAUCGUUGAAAUGAUUGUCACUGUGAUAACUUUCCAGAGAAUAAACUGCUGUGCAGUGUUUUGACAUCUAAUAAACUUUCAAAGUCAAGAAGUCGUUACUCCAGUUGGCCUCGAGCUAAAAUGACCCAGUGUCCAGUUCUUAGUCUUUGCGUAGAAUAGUGAUGAAUGCGCUUGUUGCACUGUCCAGGCUACAGUGUCAGUCAGCUUGUUUGAGCUAUAUUUGACAUUGCUCAUUCCCAAACUCAUUAAAUCCACAGUGACACUUUGCAGACGUGCAAUCCAUCUGUCACAUAAAAUUCAGUUCAGUGUUAAAUGUUGAACAAAUAGCUGAGCUGUACUUUUUUACUGUCAGCUCUGUAUUUUUGUACAAUGGGGUUGGGUGGGUAUUGAGUAGAUUUUGGUAGUUGUGGUUUGGGAUAGUUGUGGUGUUGGUCAGUCUUUAGCGUCAUGUUUUGCGUCGGCCCUCUGAAAUACAGCUUUGAAAUAGUUUUGUUUUUGUCUUUUUUUCCAUUUUCGGGAAACGAUUCCUUUCCUAUCAGCUCUGUUAACAUUUAUUCACCAACUUUAGAGCUCAGAUCUGGAGAUGAGGUGACUUCGCUGUAGACUCUCUGCUUUAAUUUUGCAGACCGUAAUCUGGAAGUUAAACAUCCAAAUUUUCCGGGCAAUACUUCCUGGUUAAAAUUUGAUUUGUUUACAGUAGUUGGCGAUAAAAACAAACAUUUAGUUUGCAUUCACUUGUGUUUUGAUUUGCAGACAAGGGGAUUAGUGGUUUGGACUCAAGUACCUGCAGCUCAACACUGAAUGACUGUUUUCAUGCCUGAUAGGAAUGAUAGCCUAAAACUAUGCAAAUAAGGCGUAGGCUUCUCUUUUAAAAAAAGAAAUGUUCCGACUGAAUGCGCUUCCCCCUCCCCCGUAUGAAUCUGUAGGUCUUACACAGAAUAUCCCCUGUUCCAUGAUGGCACUUGGACCAGUACAACUUGUGGUGCUUAAAAGCUUACACUGCUUUACAUAUUUUGCUGUUGUCUCGCUUUAAAUGUUGACCUUCUGGCGGAUGUGAGCACAGUGUGUCAUUAGUUUGCCACGAGUAGUAAGGGAAGAGAAGUGCGAGUCCUGGCAGAGAUGUGACUAGUGCUUCCCCUCAUGUGAGCUGCUGCCUUCAUGUCUUAUCAAAAGACGAAGAGUAUAACUUCUUAGCAAGAUCUUCAAAUCCUUGUUUAGAAAUUGAACCCAGCCUUGAAUGCUAAUCAGCUACUUCCCUGUGGUCCUUACUUGUUGUGAGCUUGUGUAUGAUCUGUAAUCAGGUAAAUGUUUUUGGCAAAGAGAUGCCCAAUUUGCACUUACUUGAUCAUUUGAUGUAAGUGUCUUAAUUCAGAGAAAGUAGAUUUAACUUUAAUUCAACAUUAUCUUCCUGUCUUUGAAACUUAAAGUGUUGAUCCUGAAGACCGUUUGGUGGAUUGUGCUCAUGGAUGCAUGGUAGCAACCCUAAGCUAUUCAGCAUAAUUGCUAUUACACCAUAUAGAGAUAAUGGACUGCCAUUAUUUUAAAGAUAAUCCAGCAACAGCAUGUGAUCUUUUUAACAAAGUACAAACACCUAUUAAUUACAAGCAAAAUUUGUUCUAACUGAUUGUAAUGCAACCCACGUAACCUAACCAUAAACAGUUGACUUCACUUUUAUUGUCAUGGUAAUGUUACUGCAAGGCAGGCCCAUUUUUAUAAGAGAACAGCCUCACCUUUAUCCAAAGUUAGUGCAUCUCUGUUGUUGAAUCCCAAACGCUCACACUGUUUACUUCUCAGUGUGUCAUGGUUACAUGUGCAGUACGGCUCGUUAGUUUCCUCUAUUGUGCGUUCAUGAAGAGAACAACAAAUAGCCUGAGUUAAUGAGAGCACAGGGCAUGCCAUAGGUCAGUGACAUUUGAUGCGUUUUAUGAAUUCCUUGCAGUAACAUUACUGAAUGUUCUCAAUAGUUUGUACACAACUGAUCAUAUUAUUGUAUAUUUUACAAAAGUCUGUUGUCCAAAUUCCAAGCAAGUAAAAAAAUAAAUAAAAUAAAAAGGAAACUGUUUACUGAUGUGAUGUAUAACAGUGGGCGACACUGACAUACACUGUCAUAUAGUAGGUCAUCUUCUGUAUCAGAAACAUGUACUUAUGAAUGAUGUAAUAGUGUAUUCAACCACCUCGUCAUAUAUCUAAAUUUAUAAAACAUGUAUGUUGACUGGGUGUUUCUUCAAAUCACCAGUUAAAUAUCACAUAUUACAUUAGUCUAAAUGAUCUUCAGGAUUAUCAUUUUAAAUUCUGAGAUGUUUGUUUAUAAGAACAGGUGAAGAGAAAAGCAAUUUUUUCUUAUCUGUGAAAAGUGUUUUUGCAGGUCAAAACCUUUUUUUUGUUUGUUUUUUUUGUCAUGACCAUUUUGUCCAAGUGUGCGUUGUUGUAACACUCAUUGUGGCCACUAGAGGCUGAAGUGCACCACUACCACUACCCACGCCCUAAAUUAGUAAAGGCAUUCAUGUUUUCUUUCAGGUGAAGCUAAAUAAUUUCACCUGCCAAAGAUUUUAAACCCACCUGUUUCACAGACGGGAAAAGAAUUUAAGGAAUGGUUAUCUUGGCAAAACAGAAAACAAGUUAGAUCAGACUUAGAAAAUGGAUCACCAGAUUUAUUUUCUCACUUGCCUCUCAGGGCUUCUGGAUAGCACAGAGCAAUCAAAAACAUUUUUAGGGCUCAUUUGUUACUUAAUGUAUGAGAGAGAAACUUUUGGUUCGUUAUUAUGCCAGCACUUCACAGCACAUUGUGGCCAAAAUGUACUUAAUAAGAACCAAAAAUACCCAGUACCUUUUUUUUAGGAUGGGGGGGUGUGCAGCAUGUUGUUUCUUGUGUGAAGUAGAGGAUGGUUAGUGAGUAUUUUUGUCAGAUUGUUCAUGUAUUUUUUUCCCUGGUGUGAGAUAUAUAUAUCACACCAUAUUACACUGAUUUUUAAUUUUUGUUCUUUUGAGGGGGAAAAAACAAACAAAAAUUAUGAGCCCUAAUUACAUGGAAAUCUUUCACUGUUGUGUCUCCUUGGUGAUUUUCUAUUAAUCUUGUCUAUGGACUAUGCUAACACUGUAUUAUGUAUUGGAGGGGUAACGGGAAACAAUAAACUUCAGAACAUUAAACAUGACCUAAUUACUGAUGGAGAAUGCAGACUUUAAGUUGAGCGCACACAUAGUGGAUUCCAUGAAUAGUUAUCUUGCCACUGAAUUCUCCUCCCACUUCAUUCCUUAAUGUCCCUACUGUUAACAGAAUAGUGCCAAACUACUGUCUCUGGGCCCAGUCCAGUGGAGCUUUUCUCUAUAUGGCAACAAAAAUGUGAAUGGAAAUGAUAUUGACAAUGAUAACUGCAGAAUAUAGUUAUUUAGAAAGCUGUUGACCAUUGUUGGUAUUUGCUUGGCAUUCUAUUGUUGGCAUAGCAGUCUGUCAUUCAUCAACAUUGAAGCCUGAAGUCCAUCAGUGCUAUGGAUGUAUUUUUCUGCUGCAAUUCUCAUUCUUUGCCACUGAGAGACAUGUAUCCACUCUGAGGGACUGGGAAUAGCUUCAAAAGUACAAGGACUCAACUUUAAAUCUAUGUUCCCUCUCUGAUGUUUAGAAAGUCAACUGUGAAAAACUGAGCUGGGAGGGAAUGUGGGGGCUCUGGGCUGAAUAGCAGAAUAAGGGUUGAUUUAGUUUUUCCUUCUUUGUUUUUUUGUUAGCAUGUACAGCUGUACUGUCUUGUAUGCUGAUAAGAAAUGAGAAAUCUUUCUAAUACACCUUUAUUUUGAUUUUCAAUAAAGUGCACCCUUUUGUUGCAAUAAA